AUGGUGAAGGACACAAAAUACUAUGAGAUCUUAGGGGUCGAUCCCUCGGCGUCAGAAGCUCAACUCAAGUCGGCCUACAAGAAGGGCGCGCUCAAACACCACCCAGAUAAAAAUGCGCACAACCCGGAAGCAGCUGAAAAAUUCAAAGACCUUUCCAAAGCCUAUGAAGUCCUCUCCGAUCCUCAGAAACGAGCCCUCUAUGAUCAAUACGGCGAGGAGGGCCUAGAACAAGGCGGGAUGGGGGGUGGUAUGGCCGCGGAGGAUCUCUUUGCACAAUUCUUCGGCGGCGGCUCAGCCUUUGGUGGUAUGUUCGGAGGUGGCAUGCGUGACACAGGUCCGAAGAAAGCCAGGACAAUCCACCAUGUCCACAAAGUCUCCCUCGAGGAUAUUUAUCGUGGCAAAAUCUCCAAGCUCGCUCUUCAAAAAUCUGUCAUCUGUCCCGUCUGUGAAGGCCGCGGGGGCAAAGAGGGUGCUGUGAGGACUUGUGCUGGUUGUAACGGAGCUGGCAUGAAGACCAUGAUGCGCCAGAUGGGCCCCAUGAUCCAACGCUUCCAGACUAUCUGUCCCGACUGCCAGGGUGAGGGUGAGACCAUUCGUGACCGCGAUCGAUGCAAACGCUGCAUGGGCAAGAAGACGGUCGUGGAGCGUAAGGUCUUGCACGUUCACGUUGACCGUGGUGUCAAGAGCGGACACAAGAUUGAGUUCCGUGGCGAGGGUGACCAGAUGCCAGGCGUUCUCGCAGGAGACGUGGUAUUUGAGAUUGAGCAAAAACCACACCCAAGAUUCCAACGCAAGGACGACGACCUGUUCUACCAUGCUGAAAUUGAUCUCCUAACCGCAUUGGCCGGAGGUCAGAUCUAUAUCGAGCAUCUUGACGAUCGGUGGUUGACCGUGAACAUCUUCCCUGGCGACCCCAUCACUCCCGGCUCCAUCAAAGUCAUCAAAGGUCAAGGCAUGCCGUCAUUCCGACACCACGAUUUUGGAAACCUGUACAUCCAAUUCGAUGUCAAAUUCCCCGAUAAGACACAGCUGCGAAACAUUGAUCUGCUGGACCAAGUCCUCCCGCCACGCAUCCAGCAAAAACUGCCUCCUGGUGAUUCUAUGGUUGAAGAUUUUGAUCUCGAAGAGGUCGACCCUCGCCAGCAAGCACGUGCACAUGGUACGACUGGGAUGACAGAUGAAGACGAAGAUGGCAUACCUCCUGGUGCGGAGAGAAUGCAAUGCGCUUCGCAAUAG